UGAUCAAUUGAGGCACUUGUUUUGACCAAUUUUCCCAUAUGUGCCUCAACGACAAACAAAGCAACAGACCUAUCCAAAGUUACAUGUCGAUAGACUCAAACGAUAAACGGUUGACUCAAUGACGACAUUACACUAGAGAUAAAUUGUGAAAGGAAACUACCCUCGAAUAAAAACAUCGUGUUCAAAAUAUGAAAGCCAAGCCAAAUUCCCAUCCGCAAAUGUCAAAUAUCGAUAUUGUCUUCAUUGAGGACUGAAUGGUUUAACCCGCUUCAAACGCACUAAAUUUAAUGAUUGAAACCUUCAACCAAGUAUUAGUUUUCAGAAAAUCAGUAAUCUUGUAUGGAUACAGCGUGUAUCCAUUCAGAGGUUCUGUAACGUAUAGCUCGUAUAUGUGGUACAAAUCUCUUGCGGAUCGCCUUUCACAAGAGCGCAAAAAAGUCAAAACGGCAGAUGGCGCAUGGCGCAAGUGCAAAGUUGUAAGAGCAAGUAUUUUCUAGAUUAACAUCAUGCCAAAGCAAACAUUUUGUUCCAAAAAUGAAUGUGACGGAAAUGCUGAUGCUAGGCGAUGAUGUGCAUGGUUUCAAUUUCAAUGAGGAACAAUUAGUUAAAUAUAUUGAUAGAGGGCCCUAUUUCGAUACGACAGCCACGAAAAACGUAACAUCUCUCGUUGGCAAAACCGGACAUCUAAACUGUCGAAUUAAGAAUUUGGGAAAUAAAACGGUAUCUUGGAUAAGACAUAGAGAUCUGCACCUACUAACAGUAUCUGAAAGUACAUAUACAUCGGACCAAAGAUUUACGGCAAUAUACAAUAAGCAAACUGGCGACUGGUCAUUACAGAUCAAAUAUCCACAAAUAAGAGAUUCCGGAGUUUACGAGUGUCAAAUAUCAACAACACCUCCAGUGGGAUAUACAAUGAUUUUCUCUGUUGUGGAACCAAUAACAACUAUACCAGGCGGACCAGAGUUAUACAUAGAUUUGGGAUCAACUGUUAAUUUAACAUGUAUUGUCAAACAUCUUCCUGAUCCACCUCUAAUGGUGCACUGGACUCACAAUAAUCAAGAAAUUAACUAUGAUUCGCCAAGAGGAGGAGUAUCUGUAAUAACCGAAAAAGGUGACAUAACCACAUCCUAUUUGCUAAUACAGCGAGCUCAAAUUUCGGACUCCGGAAAGUAUUCGUGUCUGCCAUCUAAUGCCAACUCUAAAUCCGUUUACGUUCACAUCUUAAAUGGGGAUCAUCCAGCGGCAGUCCAACGAGGAAACAUGUUUGUAGGCUUAAGUUUUAACGCAUUGAUAUUGUUAAUGAUAAUUGCACAUAUUUAGGGACGUAAUUAAAAAAAUUGAUAUUUGUAAAUAUAUAUAU